AUGGUACCUAACUUUUUUCCAACACCUACCCAUCUCCCAAUUAUCUCCUCCCGUCUCCCGUCUCCCGUCUCCCGUCUCCCGUCUCCCAUCUCCCGUCUCCCGUCUCCCGUCUCCCGUCUCCCAUCUCCUGUCUCCCGUCUCCCGUCUCCCGUCUCCCGUCUCCCGUCUCCCGUCUCCCGUCUCCCGUCUCCCGUCUCCCGUCUCCCGUCUCCCGUCUCCCGUCUCCCGUCUCCCGUCUCCCGUCUCCCGUCUCCCGUCUCCCGUCUCCUGUCUCUAUGUCCUCCCAUUCUCCCAUUUUUGAGUCCACAUUGUCUUCAGUGUCUCCUUUGA